AUGGCAAGAAGAAUAUUGGAAGAGAACAAGGAGUUGUCUAAUAGGUGUCAUGUUCAAUGGAAUGGGGUUCAUGGUUUUGAAAUUAGAGAUGGUGGGUUCACAUUUGUUGUCCACUUGGAUAAGAAAUAUUGUGACUGUAGGCUGUGGAUGUUAAGGGGUGUUCCUUGCCCUCAUGCUGUUUGUGCUUAUUAUUAUUUGAAUCAAGAUCCUGAUGCACAUGUAGAGCAUUGGUAUAGGAAGGAAACAUUUCUUAAGGCUUAUAGUCACUUCAUCCAACCUAUUACCAAUAUGAGGAUGUGGCCUGAGACUACAAACCCAUCAAUAGAGCCUCCAGUGCCAAGAAAAAUGCCUGGGAGACCAAAGAAGAAAGAAUGA